CGCGGGAUGCGCUUCCUCGUGUGCUGCUGCGACGACGGCUCCUUCUCCCUCCUCGAGCUGGCGGGCCACCUCCCCGCGCGAGCCAUCAACGGCGGCGAGGAGGGCUUGCCCGCUCCCUCCUCGGUGGCCAAGCUCGGCCAGGCGCUCCUCGACCUCGAGAGGGUCGCGGCGGCUGCAGCAGCUGCCGACUAGGGCGAACUCGAGAUACGUACAGGCACAGAUGGUGCUGGUCUGUUCCACGUACGUUCGUACCUUCUGCUCACGCCCCAGCACCCAGGGGCGCUUGGUUUCGAGAUGGCCGCUGUUGGUGUUUGAUUUUUCAGACACCCGCGGCGGGGU